AAAUAAAAAAUAAAAAUGAAGAGAAUAAGAAUAAUCGCGACGCUUGUAAUAGCAAACAUGUUAAUGGCGACUCCAACGUCUCGAGCGUCUCUCAAUCUUCUUCGUCGUUCACCAAAACCCAAAUAUUUCUCAUCUUCUUCUUGUCAAUUUCGUCCCUCAACUUUUCGAAAAUCAUAUCCUUGCCCCAUCUGGUCUUCUUCUUUCUCUUUCUGUCUCCCUCCUCCUAGAUCCACUACCUCCACCUCUCUCUCCUCCUCCUUCCGUCCCUUCUCCUCUCCUCCGUCUAUGUCUUCCGCCGCCGCUGCCGCCGUAGACUCUGUUAUCUCCGAGGAGACUCUUUCCUCGAAUCCUCUCUUGCAGGACUUCGAUUUCCCUCCGUUUGAUUCCGUUGAUGCCAGUCAUGUUCGUCCUGGGAUUCGUGCUCUAUUGCAGCAUCUCGAAGCUGAAUUGGAGGAGCUAGAGAAAUCUGUGGAGCCAUCGUGGCCAAAUCUGGUUGAACCUUUAGAGAAAAUCGUUGAUCGGUUAACUGUUGUUUGGGGAAUGAUCAAUCACCUUAAAGCUGUUAAGGACACACCUGAGCUUCGUGCUGCCAUUGAAGACGUUCAGCCAGAGAAGGUGAAGUUCCAGCUCAGAUUGGGACAAAGCAAGCCUAUUUACAAUGCCUUUAAAGCUAUUCGUGAAUCUCCUGAUUGGUCAUCUCUCAGUGAAGCUCGUCAACGCUUAGUAGAAGCUCAAAUAAAGGAGGCGGUUCUCAUAGGUAUUGCUCUUGAUGAUGAAAAGAGAGAAGAGUUUAACAAAAUUGAACAGGAACUCGAAAAACUUUCCCAUAAGUUUUCUGAGAAUGUUUUGGAUGCUACAAAGAAAUUUGAAAAGUUGAUUACAGACAAGAAAGAGAUCGAGGGAUUGCCUCCAUCUGCUCUCGGGCUAUUCGCACAAGCAGCUGUCUCCAAGGGCCAUGAAAAUGCAACUGCUGAGAAUGGACCAUGGAUCAUUACACUAGAUGCUCCUAGUUAUCUUCCUGUCAUGCAACAUGCUAAGAACCGUGCUCUGCGUGAGGAAGUUUACCGUGCUUACCUAUCUCGUGCCUCUUCUGGCGAUUUGGAUAAUACAGCAAUUAUCGACCAGAUCUUGAAGCUUCGCUUGGAAAAAGCUAAGCUUCUUGGUUACAACAAUUACGCUGAGGUAAGCAUGGCUAUGAAAAUGGCUACUGUUGAGAAAGCAGCAGAGCUUUUAGAGAAGCUUCGUAGUGCAUCUUGGGAUGCGGCUGUUCAAGACAUGGAAGACCUCAAGAGUUUCGCAAAGGACCAGGGUGCAGCAGAAUCUGACAGUUUGACUCACUGGGACACCACUUUCUGGAGUGAGAGGCUUCGUGAAUCCAAAUAUGAUAUUAAUGAGGAAGAACUACGUCCAUACUUCUCACUGCCAAAGGUUAUGGGACUUUUCAGUCUUGCUAAGACACUAUUUGGAUUGAUAUUGACCAGCAGAUGUGAGUAUAGACAACUAGCUGUUAAUUUGAAAUUUGCUAGUGUGGAUCUUGAGCUGCACACAAAAUAUGUACCAGGAGGAGCAGAGUCCAUCUAUGACGUAGAUCAAAGGGUAUCAGUGAAAACCCAAGUUAUCCCUCCACUUCCUGAGGAUAGAUUCCUCUGUAGCUUCAGUCACAUCUUUGCCGGGGGAUAUGCAGCUGGAUAUUACAGUUACAAGUGGGCAGAAGUUUUGUCUGCAGAUGCAUUUUCAGCAUUUGAAGACGCUGGACUAGAUGACAUCAAGGCUGUGAAAGAAACAGGACAGAGAUUCAGAGACACCAUACUUGCACUUGGAGGAGGAAGAGCGCCUCUUAAGGUGUUUGUUGAGUUUAGAGGACGAGAACCUUCACCAGAGCCUCUUCUCAGACACAAUGGACUCUUGGCUGCCUCUGCUUCUGCUUAACUCUUAUAUUUCGCAACAUUUGGCAACUUUAUAAACAUUUAUAUAACAUGAAAACUCAAAUUUUCUUAACAAAUAAGAUCUUUUUUUUUUAAUA